GGCUCGGCGGCGGCGGCCGCCGGAAGCGGCGGGAGGCAGCGUGGGGCCGGCGCUGAAGCGGGUUCGUGCCGCCGGAGCGGGCAGCGGCGCAGCUCCAGCCCCUUCCUGCCUGCCUGCCUGCCUGCCCUCUCUCCUUCCUUUCCUUUCCCUUCGCUUCGCUGCAGCGGCGGUACCGAUGAGCGGGCUCCGAGCGCCCGGCCGGCGGCCGGCGGCCACCCCGGUGUCGACCUGCCUGCUUCUGCUGGGGCUGCUCCUGUCCGCCGCCGCCGCCGCCGCCGCCGGCGGGGGAUGCGAGCUGGAGGCUGCGGACGCUGGCGGUGGCCGGCGGGGAGGACGGGGAGGCGCCACCGCCUCUGCGGCGGAGACGGCGGCGGUUGUGACAGAUCCCUGCAGUUCACUCAGCCCACCGUGCUUUACUGAGGAAGAUCGAUUCAGCCUAGAAGCUCUCCGCAUGAUCCAUAAGCAAAUGGAUGAUGACAAAGAUGGUGGUAUUGAAGUAGAUGAAAGUGAUGAGUUUCUAAGGGAAGAUAUGCAGUACAAGGAUGCCUCUAAUAAACAUAGUCACCUGCACAGAGAAGACAAACAUAUCACCAUUGAAGAUCUGUGGAAACGCUGGAAAACGUCUGAAGUUCAUAACUGGACUCAAGAAGACACUCUUCAGUGGCUGUCAGAAUUUGUUGAACUGCCCCAAUAUGAAAAGAAUUUUAGAGACAGCAAUGUCAAUGGAACAACACUUCCCAGGAUAGCAGUUAAUGAGCAUGCUUUCAUGAUAUCUCACUUGAAAAUAAUUGACCGGAGCCAUAGACAGAAGCUUCAGCUUAAAGCCUUGGAUGUUGUUUUAUUUGGACCUCUCACACGUCCCCCUCACAACUGGAUGAAGGAUUUUAUAUUAACAGUCUCUAUAGUUAUUGGUUUUGGAGGCUGCUGGUUUGCAUAUACACAGAACAGAACCUCAAGAGAACAUAUCACAAAAAUGAUGAAGGACUUGGAAAGUCUCCAAACAGCAGAGCAAAGUCUUCUUGACUUGCAGGAAAGGCUUGAGAAGGCACAAGAAGAGAAUAGAAAUGUUGCUGUGGAAAAGCAAAAUCUAGAGCGCAAAAUGAUGGAUGAGAUUAAUGACGCAAAACGGGAAGCUCAUCGCCUAAGGGAGUUGAGGGAGGGAGCUGAAUGUGAGCUCAGCAGGCUCAAAUAUGCAGAGGAAGAGCUAGUACAGGUUCGCAUGGCUUUAAAAAAGGCUGAGAAGGAGUUCGAGCUGAGAAGUAAUUGGUCUGUUCCUGAAGCUUUGCAGAAGUGGCUUCAGUUAACACAUGAAGUUGAAGUACAAUAUUACAAUAUCAAAAGACAGCAUGCAGAAAUGCAAUUAGCAAUCGCCAAAGAUGAGGCAGAAAAGAUAAAAAAGAAGAGAAGCACUGUAUUUGGGACAUUACAUGUUGCACACAGCUCCUCCCUAGAUGAAGUGGACCAUAAAAUCCUUGAAGCAAAGAAAGCACUCUCUGAGUUGACGACAUGUUUGCGAGAGCGUCUUUAUCGAUGGCAACAGAUUGAGAAGAUUUGCGGUUUCCAAAUAGCACACAAUUCUGGGCUACCAAGCUUGACCUCCUCUCUCUACUCUGAUCACAGCUGGGUAGUUAUGCCUCGAGUUUCCAUUCCUCCUUACCCAAUUGCAGGGGGAGUUGAUGACUUAGAUGAAGAUACUCCUCCAAUAGUUUCACAGUUUCAUGGGUCGAUUGUAAAACCUCCCAGCACACUGGCAAGAAGCAGUAGCUUGUGUCGAUCAAGACGCAAUGUUGUGCCAUCAUCUCCACAGUCUCAGCAUGCUUUGCACUCCCCUGACCCUGACAUCCUUUCUGUGUCGAGCUGCCCAGCUCUUUAUCGAACUGAAGAGGAGGAGGAAGCCAUUUACUUCUCUGCUGAUAAACAAUGGGAAGUACAGGAAACAGGUUCGGAAUGUGACUCCUUAAAUUCAUCCACUGGAAGGAAGCAGUCUCCUCCAGCAAGUCUUGAGAUGUACCAGACACUUUCUCCUCAGAAAGCAUCCCCAGAAGAAUUCUCACUGGAGGAAUCAUCUACAGGAGACUCCUCUUCUCUAACUGCAGAUAUUUCAAGGGGCUCUCCUGACUGUGUAGGCAUGGCAGAAACUAAGAGCAUGAUCUUUAGUCCUGCAAGCAAAGUUUAUAAUGGAAUCCUGGAGAAGUCCUGCAGCAUGAACCAGCUUUCAACUGGGGUCCUAGUCCCAAAGCCUCGGCACACCUCAUGUUCUUCAGCCAGCAGUGAUAGUAAACCCAGCCAUGAAGCUGCUUCUGUCCCUAGGAUAAGUAGCAUCCCACAGGACCUGUACCAAAAUGGUGAAAAAAACAAAAAGCCAUCGAAAAUAAAAAGCUUCUUUAAGAAGAAGUGUAAGUGAGGUGGGCAGAAGAAACCUAUAGUAAUGUUACAAGAACUCUAUUUUUUAAAUCUUUAGGAAUGUAAUUCCAUUUGAGCAUUCCAAACUGGAUGCCCUAAUGGAAUGCUCUGUAGGUCAACUAUAUUUAACUGACUGUACUGUCAAAGGUCGUGCCAGCUGUCAAUGAGAAAUCAUUAAAAAGUUCAGACAGUUUACAUUCAUUUCUGCCUAUUUAUUUCUUUUUUUUUAGUUUGUCUUUUUUAGUGUUGUUUUUUUUUAUUUUGUUUUGUUGGUUUUUUUUUUUUCAAUUUAUUCAUAAAUCAUUUUUAAGCCACUUUGGACUUCUAAGCUUUAAUGGACUAGUAAGCCUUCCUGGGCUUGCCAAAGUUUCUUGUUUACCGGAGCAUCUUCCUAUCUUUCCAUAGAGCUAGGACAUUUAUCUACUGGACUUUAAGAAAAAUAAAAGAAGUAGAACUAAUUGAAUUGCACUACUGUUUUACAGACUGGAAAAGUCUCUCUGCAAGUGAAACUGAAAGACUUGUAUUUGACUGAGAAGAUGAAUCUUUUCACUUUUAGAUCUUUCGGGGUUUUUAAGUAGAACUUAGAAUUUCUAAUUGACUUGAUUUCUGGAAAUGGAAAUGCCAUGCUUUUACUAUGGGAAGCUUUGUUAGAUGCAUUUAUUAUUAGAAUGGUUCAAGUCCUGCUGUAAAGAUCAUGUUUUUCCCAGGACUUUCACUGUGAUUUUACUUCACUGCAGGCUGUAUGACAAAACAAACAAACAAACAAAAAAACAAAAAAAAAAGGAAAAAACUAAUUUAACAAGAGAAAAGGCUCUUGAUUCCUUAUGCAAGUGAUGGAUAUGAAACUUGACUGAGGACUGAAAAUAUUCACCCUCUUAAAAUGAGGAGGGGGGAUAGUAGCUUUUGUUUACAGACUGACAGACAAUGGACAUUUGGUUUGUGAAAGUUUGUACUGUGGUAAAGAUAAUAAAUUGGAAACAUUAUUGUGCUUGGGAAUGUUCCAAUUUUAGCUGAUGCUUGUUUCAGACAUGUUUCAGAGGUCCUGUUAAUUGAAAGCUGUUGUAGGCUACAUUGCUUAUGCUUACUGCUAUGUAUAAGUUAUUAUAUUUUUUGGAUUAGCUAUUAAUGUCUUAAUGUUCUCUUUUUGUAAGAUUUCAUACACUUUAUUUUUGUAUAGUUUGAAGAUUUAGCUGUUCAGACAUGUCUGAAGUAAAUGGUAUAAUUUUAUAAUGCAUACUGUUAUACUAACUCAUAAUUUUAGAUAUAAAGGUAGAUAUAAAGGUGAGACUCGACAUGCUUCAGAUAAAAGCAAUUUUUAUGUUAAGCUUUUGCUUUUGUAGGGAGAGAUGAAAUUACUACGAGGUAACAAGGAAGCCUUCUUAGGGCAACAGUAGCUAGUUGUUCAAAAACAUCUUUUUAUUUUUUUUAAACAGUUGGAGACAACUAACGUACUGCUUGAGCAACAGUGCCUUUUAUUCAGUUUGUUUGAAAAUAUUAAUACUGAGCAGGAAUUUCUUUUGAGGUACAUUCCAGAGAAAUACUUCUUGCUCUAGUGAACACAAGCAAUUUACCCAGUGAUGACUAAAUAGUUUCAGCUCUUCCAUAGGGGUAUUCAGUUGCCUCAGUAACAGGUGCCACUGCCAGGGACCUGUGAUUAGGGACUCACUUCUUGCCAAUAUGUACAUGCUGUACUGUAUGAAAGAAUUAAAUCACUGACUGCCUGAAUUUUUUUUCUAGUAAGGAACCUUCAAAACCUGUAGCUAAUUGAAAUCAAGUGAUACAUGUAUUUUCUAUCAUUUUCUAUUUAGGUUCCACUGUACAUAACCGAUGUGUUAGUUCUGUUCUGAAGAAGUGGUGGUGAUGUUAACAGAAGCAUUUACUGUGGCUAGUGAAAUGGUUAGAAGAGGAAGGUUAAAAAAUGGGAUGGAGACCUUACAUGUGCAAGUACCUUAAAACUCCUGGUACCUUGAUUAAUUCCUGAAGAGAACAGGAAUCCAGAGUUUUGCUGUCUAACAAAGAAUGAGUGUAUGUCAUCUAUACAGAAAAGCAUAGGAGGAAUCCACUGUUUGGUAAAGUUUGGAGAAGAGAAAAAUUGGUGGAAUAGAAAAUAAUGAGAACGUGAUAUUCCAUUAUUCUCUGAAUCAUCAGACUGAACAGCUAUAGCUGCAAAAAAAGUCAUCACAAGGUAAUGGUCUCUUUGAACAAAGAUUGUACACUCUGUACAUGGUAGACAAAAAAAGCAGUGAUGCAGAAAGACUUGUGCCAGAGAACCACCUCAAUGCUGAGCCUUCAGAGUUGUAGUUAAAAGCCUGAUGAAGUACUUGAACAUGUACAAAGGGAAAAAAUACAUAAAAGUAAGGAACUUAUUUUGCCUCCCAAACAGCAUGGAGAAGACUACUACCAGAAAAUGUUCAAUUUUGAUGUCUGCAGUUGAGAAGGCAAUAGCAAUAAUUGAGUUUAAAGUAAGAUCUGGGGCUGGAUAGUAGAUCUUGCAUUGUGAGGUUUGAGGAACUGUGCUCUAUCGUUACCAAAAAAGAUGAAGCAGCAUUUUUGAUACUGGAGAGUAAAUAUUUACACAUGGAAAAAAAUAUCUGGUACUGAGGAGUGGGAGGACAGCACUUCUUAAUCCUGGCAUCAAAGUCAGGCAAGCUCAAAUACUGAGAAGCCAAAACAGACUAAGUCAGUUUUCUGUAGUAAGUAUAACUAAAAAUUGAAAUAGAGGUGAUGGUGGACUCUUCAUUGGCUGUGAGUUUAAGUGUUAAGUAUCUUUUUAAAAUACAAAAUUUAACUGUCUUCUGGAAAAAAAAUGUUAUGGCAUUGUACAAACAAAUCAGAUGAGAUUAUCAUAGUGAUAGAUUUUGGCUUCAAAAUGGCAAAUCUUUGGAGCACAGACUGCUCUUAACACUAAGUUUAUCACCAGCUGUUCUGUAACCUUAUAGCUGCUACUUACUAAGUAUUAUAGAACUAAAAGCUUAAGUUAACAUGAUCAGAAGUGGUGAGUAUUGUAUGUUGGAGCACAAGCUGUACUUUUAAGUUCAUGGAGUUGGUUUGGUUUUUGGGGUGGUUUUUUUUGUUUGUUUUGUUUUGUUAUUUUAAUAGACCCCUUGCACAUCUUGCCACCUGAAUUUGUACACAAUCUAAGUGACUUGCAUUGCUCCUACUAUGGCUACUGUAGAAAUGCUCAUCUUCAAACUGUUAGCAUCCUUUUGGUAAGGUGUGUUGAGAGCGCUGACUCUAAGGUAGACCCUCACUGGCAAACAUCAAGUCCAGUCUUAAUGUUGCAGUACCUGGCAUAUGUCAACAUCUCAGAAAUGAGACGAUGUGCUUUAAAAGGUCCUCCGUUUUUCUCCGUUUGCUUAACGGUGUAACUUGAACUGGCUGGCAGUCAGUGAGUCCAGCCAGCAUUCCAACCACCAGGAUUUCUGUAAGACAUGUCAGUCAUUCAAGACAAUCAUCUAGUGUCAUCAUCCUUAAACGGCUGAGGACUUCCUAAGCUCUGAACUCAGAAUGGUUGUGAUCAGAGGGUUGGGGUUUGGGGUUUUUUUUGAGCUUUUAUAGCUAAAAUCCAUGUUCUACUUUAAAUUCUCCAGUACUUCUCAGAAGAUGAGGAUCUUUGCUUGCUUAAAUAUUUUGUUAGAGUCCUUUGUCAGGAAAGCAGCCCCUUUGUGGAAGCUGCCUAAAAGGCUUCUCCCUAAGAGGUUACCAUUUAAGUCUUUCACCUGUAAAAGGAACAAGUGUCAAGUGUGUGGUUCUAUAUAUAAAUAAGAAGAAAAAAAAACCCCAAUUCUUCCAAAACUGAACAAACCCAAACCUUUCCACAAUUCUCACUAAAGCUAUGUGACACUUCUUUCUUAAUAGCAUAACAAUUUUACGAAAGGCAUUUCUGGUUGCCAUGGGGAAUGCUUUUGACCAGCUUACGCUGUCGACUUUGAGAUUAAAACAGUUGAUUCUUUUUCCCUGGUCAGUGAUGGAAUUUAAAAUUGCUUAUUGGCAGUUCUGGGCAUAUGUCAACUUUUCUUUCCCCACUUCACUGGUACCUAGGUAGCAGAUUACCCACCACUUUCCGAUGGGCAGUUUGCCGAAAGAGGGAAGAUUCUCCAUCAUAGUCAAGGUAAUAAUGUUAUAGUAAGAAUACAGUUCCUCAUUUGGAAGCCUUGAAGGUGGUGAAGCCAAGGAUACUUGGCUUCAGUUUUCUUAUGAUAUUUAUGGAUGCCAGCUUGAGUUAGGCAUUAACUUAUGACUGAUUGAAAGCCUAAAAAGAUAAAAUUAAUUAGAAAUUGAAGCUUUCAAGAGUUUGCCCUUUUGCUUCCCAAUAUAUGGGAAAACAGCAUGCACAGGAGAGAGAUGAGCUCUAAUUAGCAUUUCUCAUACUACCAGCUUUUAGAGCUUCAGGAUAGUUUCAUUCCAUUUCCAAGAUAUGUUGCUAGAGAGGGAUUACUACCUUAAUUUUAUAAUGCAUGCAAAGAAGCAUUUAGUUUUCAUUUACUUACAAGCAGGGGAGAAGAAUGUAAAUAAACUGAAUGCUUAACUUUGGGAAAAAAAAAAUUUUUUUUAAAGCCAAAUAGAGGAAUUACUGGUUCUUGGGCGUCUUUACUAUUUGCUUAUAUCCUUGUACAAUAUGUUAAGUAGGGUGAACACGGUUUUCUAAUCUGUUCCAGUUGCACUGACUGAAGUGAUGCAUUACUAUCUCAUGUUUGAAACACUGCUUGCUCUGAAUUGCUGUAGGCAUUUUAAUCCUGGGUGUUGCAUCUUCAUUGAACAGUGGUUAAGUCUACUGAGGCUGUUUGAUUCUUAAGUGCUGGUAAGCUUUUCUACUAGUGACUUAAACACAGAUGUUGAUAUAACCAAUAUCCAAAAAAGGCUUUUGCCAGUAGAGUUUGACUGCCUGACAGCGUAUAAAUGUUUAGGUAACCAUUCUUUGAGGCUUCAGUAGCAGUUCAGCAGUGUCAUACACGUUUUCAAUAGAUAGCUUUCCCUUCCAGCCCUGUAGAGAUAGAGCUGAUCUGAAACUCCACUUAGUCCUCUCUUGCCUAAACAAAAUGCACUGAUUCAUAUAAAUUGUAGCAAUAUUAACCUUUAAACUGUUACUCCCGUUGCUCUUGCAUCUGACAUUACUUAAGCAAGAUGACAGUAUUUAUCAGUCCACUUCAGUCUUUCAGAAAUAAAAUGGAUUUGUGUUAACCUUUUUGUCCUCUACAACUUUGAAACUCAAUUUUACCAAAUUUUGUGUGUGUUCGGUGUAUUUAAUGCUUCACUGAAAUGAAAGUGGGAAGGUUGGUCUCUGCUUAGGUGUUAAGGAAAGCACAUUUGAGCAGGGUAAAAAGAAAUUCCUCUUGCUCAUUGCAGAGGGUGAAGAAGAGUUCAGAGGUAUUUCAUCUGCUCCAAAGUCAGAAGACUAAGGAAUGCUUACAGCUUACAUUGCUGGAGAUGAGAAGUACAUUCAAUCUCAAAAGUUUUUAGAUCAGUAACUCUUUAUCCAAGAAAAAAAACCUUUCUCCUUUAGACGUACUCUGAAGGGCAUUACCUUCAUAUACCUAUUCAGUUCUUGGCCCAGCAUUAAAUUUAGUAGUUACAGCACUAACUUAUAUGAUUGCCAGACCUCAGAGCAGUUUCAUGUAGUGAUUUCAAUAGCAAGUCUUAAAGUCAAUUUUGGUUUGAUAUGUGCUAAAGAUAUCUGAAUUAAGACUUUCUCCUUUACAUUCCUUUUAUUUUAACUCAACUCAGUUCUUUGUGAUCCCUCUACUGUUAAAAAAAUCAACAGGUACUGAUAGUUGAUUCAUGUUCAUGUUUAGAAUACAGUAUUUUUUUUCAGCUGAGAAUUACUAAUAGAUAAGUGGUAGAUAGUUGGUUUUUAAAGACUAGAUCAUGGUUGGAUAUUGUAAAAACACUGCUGCACCUCAGUUGAAGUAGGUACAUCAUUGACUGGUGCAAUUUGUGUAUAAGCAGUAAAGUUAUCCUUAAAUUCUCCUUUGUUUUUUAUUUGUAUCUUAACUUGAUGCUACACAAUUAUUUUCAGACUUGAAUUCAUUUAAAAUUAAGGUCAGUAUGUCCAGCCCUAUAAAAGUCAGUCUUCAGUUGUCAGCCAUCAGUCCAUUCUUACUGAAACAAAUUAAAAUCUUGAAUAUUUGUACUAGCUUAUUAGCUUGUUAGGUGGUAGAAUGGGUUCCUGGAAGUCUUCAGGUGGAAGGCAGAGAACUUCUGAAGUCAACCAUAUAACCUGUGUUCUUUAUCAUCUUUCAAAACCAUCUCCCAGUGAGAUGGAGUCUCCCCAGGGGAAUGUAGAUGUACUUACUGCUUGGAACUUUGUAGUUAGUUAUAUUUGGCUAUCUAAUUCUAAUAACUUGCAUGUGCGCUAUGCUUGCUUGCUUUUCAAUAGCUGACAAAAACUGUAGGAGAUCUUGGGGGUUUGUUUAAAAAAAUUGCUGUUUAAAAAAAAAAAAAGACUGGCAAGAGAAAUCAGAGAAAUCUGUCAGGCUGUGAACUGAGUAGAACAACAAAGAUCCCAGCUUUUUGUCUAAAAAUUGUUUAAAUAGUUCUUAAUGAAAUGAAUUGGGUAGCAUGUGUAUUUUCACAUUGCUCUCCUCCAAGCAACAAAAAUAAUUAAAAUACCCUACAUUUCAGCAAGGCUAUUUGGGAGAUGUCUUGCCCUGGUUUUAUUUUUAAUUUAAGUAACACUGAAUUGUAGUAAGUGUUCAGCAUAUUAAUGCCUGACUUAAAAGAUUAGCAGAAAUUGAAUGACUUGCAUUGUUUUGUUUAAUUACAGCUUUAUAAAAAUGUAGAUACUUGCAUAAAGCCUGUCAUUGGAUCUAGGUAUGUUUCAAUGACAUAGCAAGAAGAGGACCAAGACAAGUAAAUAUGUGCACAAUUUAAAUCUUAUUUAAGAUGCUUUACUGUUCUGGGAAGAGAUGUUGUUCUCCAUGCAGAUUCUGCUCUUCCUCUAUUUGCUCGUAGCUCUGUUUCUUUUCAUUAGUUGAACUAAAAUAAGAAACAAAGCCCUCAGACUGACUAGUUUCUGUCUCUCUGAUAAAUACACACUGUACUUGGCUUUUAACCUCACCCUACUGCAUGUUGUUAAUGCUGUACACAAAUGCAGUUGGAGUAUUUCUUUGAUGUUGUACAGCAUGAUGCAUUUCAUUCCCCUUUCUAGUUUAUCUCCCGUUAGCUAUAUAUUGUUUUACAACUGGAAAAAACUGAGUUUUGGGGAAUUGAGUCUGUUUGCAUAUAAAAAUCUUUUUUUUUUUUUUUCUGUGAGUCUUAUGAGAAAUGUCCUGCUUGGAGAGUCUCAGACAGUAUUUUCUUGUGUUUAUUCAUGUUACUUUAUUUUAUAAGUGGAUAUUAAUUUCUGAUGUGUUGUUACACUUAAUGUUGAAUAAAUCUGACUUCCAUUUUGAAAAGUGAAA